AUGUCGGAAUCGAAUAAGGAGCAAUCGACUUCUUCACUCACGGGGGAAUACAACUUCCGUUUCUAUGUUCGUCUUCAUCUUUGUUGGAUACUUGCCAUUAUUGCCAUCUUUCUAGGGCAAGCAUGGUGGCUGAUCCCUCUUCCUGGUGAUUCACUCCUUCCUCCGUAUCGAACUUAUCCUGCUAGUGUUCUAAAGGCCUUUUUUGAAGGACUUGCAGCUAUCUUAGCGGCACGAUCUUUAGUUGUAGCUUUAAUCAAGGUAUUUACCAACGGAAUCUAUCCUGAUUCAGUCAUCAGGUUCCAAUCGGCUGGUGGGGUAGAGGCUAUCUACAGCGGCAUUCGAUAUCGAUCUGGUUUCCGAUAUAUCAUUAUUGCUUCGCUCAUUCCUGUAGCUUGUCUAUUGGGUAAUCUUUUGCAAGCCGAAUUUCAAUCGUCUACUACCAUCUUUUACCAUCUUGAAGAAAGUAGUCUCAGUAUGAAUGCUGCUCAGUGUCAGCAUACUACUGAAAGCCAAUAUAAUUUGGCAUCCACCGCUUAUUCAAAAGGCAUGAUCUCUAAUUCACUUUCUGACGCAUCUUCCAUCAUCAGCGGAUUUAAUCAGUCAACGACGACUUCCCCUUCUAACUUUGGCGUGUCCCUGAUUUCUGCAAACUUUACUCCUGUUUCAAACAUUUCGGUGCAAGCUCCCCACCAAAGCAUUUUUACGAAAAGACAUCAUGAGCCCUGUCAUGACGAAGAUGAUGGGACAGCUAGUGGUAAUACAGCGGAUAGUUCAUCAAACAGCACUGCUUCCACAAAUGGGCAGUCUAAUAAUAGUUCUGGUUCAAUUACUCCGCCUGCCGGGCAAACACCUACCGUCUCUGCUAACGUGCCGUCAUCAUCUGCAAUCAACGGUACUCCUGCAUCUGCGUCCAUUACGACAAAUGAUGGAAAUGGCAGCAGCAACAACAGUAAUUUGGCUUCUAACAGUCAAAAUCAAAGGGAUUCCAAUGCAACGACAGCUUCCAUGACUGCAUCGCAGCAGCAACAACAGCAGAGCAACACGACUUUAAUAUACAUCGAUGGUGAGCCUAUUAUCAGCCUUGCUACACAGUUGCAAUACCUCCAGACGCUUAAACGCAUACCUUUAAGCAGCACCGUUUUCAAUGGAAGCGCUGAUCUCUACGUUUUGCGACAUACUUCAGCCAAACAUGGUGAGGCAAUCAUUAUUGUAUCUAAUCCUCCUGAUGCUGUCAAGCCCGCUGGUUUUUACAUUACUGCAAGGUCUACCAACUACACCUGCUUCUCGGGAACAGUACAACAAUGUAGUGAGCAUAGUGCAGUCACUUCAAAUGCAGACAAUAAAGUAGUUGCAGACGCUGUGGCUGAAGCCAUGAGAAGUAACGUUGGACUAUAUGGUUCCACAGGCAUGGUGUCCGACGUACUCAAUGGACAUUACCAAAACGAUACUAAACUUGUGGACGCCUUGUUUACUAAUCCUCUGUGUUCAGAUUAUGAUACCUAUCCUGUCAAAGGAAACGUCAUUUACCCUUAUACAAGAGCCACAUGGUCUAUUCUGGCAAUUAUCUGGGCUAUUCUCUUGAUUAUCAUUUGGGCUAUUGGUGCUUAUUUAAUUGGCUAUACAAUUGAAGUCUUUUGUCAUUUGACACAAUACGGAAACCUGUUACCUCAAAUCAUCAGUAAUUCGGCCAUUUUUGUUGAUGAACAAAGGGGAGAAGUGGUCAAACAGGAGAUGUUUCUUAAUUGGGAAAAGGUUGAACUUAUUGCCCACAAGGAAAGCUCUGUGGAGAUAGAAGUGGAUCCGCCCCAGGCAGAAGAACAACAACAUACACAUGAUCAUCCUGAUCAUGAUCAUGGUUAUGUUGUGACGACAGAAGAGCUUCCAGCAUAAAUGUAUAUUUAACUCUUUAAUACUCUUUACUAUUUUAUAUUAUAAAAAUUAUAAAAAUUAUUUUCCUAAUUAAUACACAACAAUAAACAAACUUAAUCUCUUGGAUCGUUAUAAACCCAUAAUCCGCAGUCAUCACAGUCUUGCUGUAUUUCA